AACGGUCGUUCGUUUCUCUACGUCCAGAUCUUGUCGUUGCGGCAGCCUCUCCCUACAAUGGAUCCCUCAGAAGUGAACGUGCCUCCUUUGAAGGACCUGACGAUCGACAACAUCACAGACAACGUCAAGCUCAUCAACUCACAAUGUCCAAACCCGCGACUGAAGUACAUCCUCGAACGGAUCGUCCAGCAUCUUCACGACUUCGCUCGUGAAACCAGACUCAGCCAUGAAGAAUGGAUGACAGGACUCCUCUUCCUGACAUCGGUGGGACAGAUCUGCACCGAUGUUCGACAGGAAUUCAUCCUCCUCUCCGACAUUCUCGGCCUCUCCCUCCUUGUCGACAGCAUCGAUCACCCGAAGCCAGCCUCCAGCACAGAAGGCACAGUCCUCGGACCCUUCCACUCCCACGAAGCCCAAAGCCAACCGAACGGCUCUCAGAUCGCCCACGACCCUGACGGCGAACCAUGUCUAGUCUUGUGCACGAUCAAAGACACCGCCGGGAACCCCGUCGAGGGCGUAAAGAUUGAUAUAUGGGAGACGGACAGUAAGGGUUUCUACGACGUGCAGUAUGCCGGGAGGGAAGGGCCGGAUCAAAGAGCUGUGAUGCAAAGCGACAAGGAGGGCGUGUUCUGGUUCAGGGCGAUUGUGCCGGUGCCGUAUCCCAUCCCGAGCGAUGGACCGGUGGGCAAGCUGCUGGUGCAGUUGAGGAGGCACUGCUACCGUCCGAGCCAUAUGCAUUUCAUGUUCGCGAAGGAAGGGUUCGAUCAUUUGAUCACAGCACUGUACCUUCGCGGCGAUCCAUAUGAGACUUCUGAUGCGGUGUUCGGCGUCAAAGAAUCGCUGUUGAUCGACUUGGGCACGGUGAAUGCGGAGCAAGCAAAGACGUAUGGCGUGAAGGAAGGCGGUAAGCUCAUGAGCUAUGACUUCGUCCUGGUGUCUGAAGAGGAGUCACGGAAGCUGAGGGAGAAAAACGCUAUGGAUGCUAUGAAGGCGUUGGGACGAAGAAUGAAGCUGUAUAAUGGCUUGCCGGUGCCGGAUGUCGAUUGA